AAUCGACAGGGAAUUGGCGGGUAGCAGCGGGCGCUGUUGGUUAUCUUAUCUCUCUGCGCUAGCGAUAUCGGAUCGGGCCUGGAUCCCUUGUCUUUCCGAGCAAAACAAAAAAAAAAGUUUGACCGCCUUCGAGUCAUAGGAGGGGUCAGACCACUGAGGUGAGGGGAGAGAGAAGAGCUGCAGCUAUCUAUCCGUGUGUGUGUGUGUGACUGUGACUCCAUAUUUUUUUUGUUUCCGCUUUCUUCCAUUGUUUGGACUUUUGGGCUUCUCUCUCUCUUGCGGAUUCAUCUCGAGUAUCUUCCUCUUUGUUACUUUGCUACAAAUUCAAAAUGUCCAAGGGUCGUGUCUGUCUCGCCUACUCUGGAGGUCUCGACACCUCCACCAUCCUCAAGUGGCUCAUUCUCGAGGGUUACACUGUCGUGUGCUUCCUCGCCAAUGUUGGCCAGGAGGAGGACUGGGCUGAGGUCGAGAAGAAGGCUCUCGCUCUCGGUGCCGAGCGCAUGGUGAUUGAGGACCUCCAGCGCGAGUUCGUCGAGGAGAUUGUCUUCCGCGCCAUCCAGUGCAACGCCAUCUAUGAGGACCGCUACCUCCUCGGUACCUCCCUCGCCCGGCCCAUCAUUGCCCGGGCUCAGGUCCGCGUUGCUGAGCAGUACAACUGCGACAUCCUGAGCCACGGCUGCACCGGCAAGGGCAAUGACCAGGUCCGCUUCGAGCUUGCCUUCAAGGCUUGCAACCCCAAGAUGAAGGUCAUCGCCCCCUGGAGAAUGCCCGAGUUCAUCGAGAAGUUCCAGGGCCGUGCCGAUCUCCUCAAGUUCGCCGCCGAGAACAACAUUCCCGUCUCCUCCAGCCCCAAGGCUCCCUGGUCCAUGGAUGACAACCUCGUACACUGCUCGUACGAGGCUGGUGUCCUUGAGGACCCCGACCACUCUCCCCCCAAGGAGCUCUGGACCCGCACCGUCGACCCUACCGACGCUCCCGAUGUCCCCUACAACUUCACCAUCCACUUCGAGAAGGGUAUCCCCACCAAGGUUGUCACCCCUGAGGGUGAGGUUACCGACUCGGUUGCUCUGUUCAAGCUUCUGAACAAGAUUGGCCACGACAACGGUGUUGGCAGAAUCGAUAUUGUUGAGAACCGUUUCAUCGGUCUCAAGAGCAGAGGCUGCUACGACACCCCCGGUCUUACCAUUGCCCGCCUUGCUCACUUGGAUCUUGAGGGUCUUGUCAUGGACGCCAAGGUUCGCAAGCUCCGUGACCAGUUCGUCACGAUUGAGUGGUCUCACUGCCUCUACAACGGCAUGUACUUCUCUCCCGAGCGUGAGUUCCUUGAGAACUCCCUCGUCUACUCCCAGGAGAACGUUACUGGUGAGGUCCGCAUGUCGGUUUACAAGGGCGCUGCCUACGUCCUUGGCCGCAAGUCGGAUGCCAGCAACCUCUACUCGCAGGAGGAUGCUUCUAUGGACUCUCUUGAGGGCUUCUCCCCCAUGGAUACCUCUGGCUUCAUUGCCAUCCAGGCCAUCCGCCUGGAGAAGUACGGCCUCCAGAAGAUCAAGGAUGGCAAGCCCCUUACCAAGUAA